AUGGUGGCUGAGGAAUUCUGGGAGUUGAAAUCUUCACACAAGCAAAAAGUUGCUCAGACUGAGAAACGCUGGAGUAUAAACGGUACCGCUCUAGCCACUACCUCUAUAGCUCCGGGAGAAAGCAUCCUAGGUUUCCACGGUAACCCUGAACCGACCCUGGAAGUGAUAUUAAUUACUUCCGGAAGCCACCACACAACUUCUGCAAUGAAACUGGCGGGCUUUCGGCUGAGGUGUCUGGGCGCCCCUGGACUGACUCCUUUUUUCUUCGGCCAAGAGAUGCCCCUGCGAGCCGCUGACGAGAGCCAAGCAGGACGGCUUGGGAACGCAGAAGGGAUGGCCUCCCCCCUCUCCCGCAAGGAGGGAAGUGAGGCGGCUGCGGUUAGUUGCCGCUCGCGCUGCUGCUCCUUCCGCCGCUCCCACCACCUUUUUCUCCCUCCAGGAGCGACGUUUGUGCCCUGCCGCGAAACUGAUCGUCGUCCGCGAUUGAAAGCAGGGACAUUCCCUACUGCUACCUACAAGCUGAUAUGGAGAAAAGUCUCUUGGGGUCUGGGAUUUGUCCACAAGGUAUUGGUGCCCUGUCCCAAGGUCAAAACACAGGUUACCCAAACCCAAAUCCUGCAGCCGUUCUUCAUACGUUUUAGAAGAGGCAUGACUUUGCCAUCAGAAUGGAAGGGUGGAAGUGGAGAACCAAAGGAAGUUGAGGAGAAGCCACCCUCAAUGCUGCCUGCCCUAACUGCUGUUCCCCUGCCCCACCACGAGCUCAGAGCUUCACCCCCUCACAUCCAAAGCUCGGCUGAGAAGGAGGAAGUCCCAUCGGUGACAUCUCCCGCAUCUUCAUCGGAGGGUUCUAACAAUCCAGGGCUUUCGGGCAGCCAGACACAGCCAGCGUGGAGUGGGGGUAGCAGUACUCGAAACCAGGAUCUGCAGCUCCCAAAGCGCAGACCUACUGCAGGGAAACGUUACCAGUGUUCAGGGGACGGCUGCCGGCUGGCCUGCCGUAGCAUGAAGGAGCUGCUUGACCACAUGCGGGUCCACUAUCGGCCCACCGAGUCCCUUGAGGGAAAGACAUUCCGCUGUUCCACUCAGGCUUGCUUGGAAUCGUUCCCCAACAUGCAAGACCUGAUGGGUCACAUGAAGGUGCAUUACAAGCCCAACCGCUACUUCAAGUGUGAGAACUGCAUGUCACGUUUCCGAACACAUCGCUCCCUCUUCAAGCACCUGCACAGCUGUUCCGAUACCAACACCAACACGGCCACUUCCCCAGCCCUAACUUCAGAGAAACCCAUCUUCCCACCUAGCUCUGGCCUGGAAAAAGAGCCGCCGGGGAAAUUGCUGGAGGAGCUUCCAAAACUCCAGAGAGUCAUACAGCACUUCAAGAAAGAAGCUCUUCUCCCUGGCACAAUGGACACUCCUCUGGCCACUCACUCGCUUCCGGCUGGACUUCCUGGCCCCUUAGAAUCUGGGCCAUUGCCAACAUCUCCUACGUAUCCUCUGCUGGAGCAAUCCCUGUUUGGGCCACCUUCCCUGGCAAAAUUCUCUGGGCCAGCUCACCCUUCAGUUUCAGGGCCCUUCUUGCCCUAUAUGCACCCCACGUCCUAUGCUUUACCUCAAGCUGCAGUGCAGAACCGCCUCAGGCCUUUCUUGCCAGCAGGCCAAGGCCUCCCUGUUUCCAAUGCUGUGUGGAAGAAAAGCCAAGGACACUCUUCCAACAGCCGCAUUGUAUGGGAACACACCCGAGGUCGCUAUAAUUGCUUACAGUGCCCCUAUUCCACAGCCUCUCGGGAGGAGAUGACCCAGCAUACUGAAGACCACCGCAAAAAUCCCUCUCCAACUAGUCGCUUGGAUGGGGAAAUGGACUUUGGUGUUCCUCUUCCCGCAUUCCACCCGAAGUUGACACCAGAAGUGGAGAACUCCCUCUUUUCCCCGCUGUGAAGUUUCCACUGGGCUGAUUAAGCUGACUUUAUUAUUUCCCCCCGAAACACAGCAUCUGUGUGGAGAGAUUUUAUUUUUAUUUUUUUUGGUGUGCAUUUCCCCCCCCCCCAUCCCCAAAGGAGGCAUCUGGGGACAGCCAUGUGCCAAAUUUAGGCCAGAAUUCAUCUGCAUUCUAGCUUGUCCAGAAUGAGCAAGAGCACAGAUGCAUUCCGCAUAUUCCUGUUUGUUUCUAGUUACUCCCUUUAGCCCUCAGUCUAUGUUUUGUUGAGCAUUGCAUCUGACUCUAGUCCUUGGCUUAUUUCUCAAAAUAACAAGCUUCUGAUCUAAGCCACUGUCCCGUUCAGGUCUGUCAGGUGAAGAAUGUCAGGGAUUCUGACUACACCGUUCACUUUUCCAUUCUUUAUAAACCAGGUUGGAAAGACUGUCUUAUAUGUGCUCAGUUCCCCUCCCACCUCCUUCCUCCCCAUGCCUCCUUUCAGUUCAAACAAAUGUGUUGACCACUUUUACCAAUUAAAAAAAAAGGGAGUAGAUAUUGAUUACCAUUUGAAAGGGAGUUGAUUAAUCAACUUUACUUGCAUUUCCUUACUUUUUUCCCCGUAUUUAAAAUCUACUUUUCUCCUGCUUUUGAUGUAAAAAAAAUAUCUUUCUUUACUCUGUACAGUCAUAACUAGUUAUGCUCAGGUUUGUUAAGUGGGCUACUGCUGCUUUUGAAAAAAAUAAAUUGUAAUUGUACAGAAA